AUGUCCCAAGUCAGUCCUGGCUCAGCGGAGCUGCCACCAUCUCCUAUAAAAGAUCUUUCUCACGACUCCUCCCAAGUAGCCUUGCUACAAUCAGCGCGACAGAAACUUUCCAACAAGGAUCGGGCAGCCAUGCGUAGAUUGAGAUCCCAAAUGGAUCUAUCAGACUCAGGCUCGUCCAAGUCAGGGUCCCCACUGAGCCCUGGCUUUCCGAACGGCGUUGGACCAAGCACAGGUCUGAGAACGCGAAGAUCUACUCUGUCAAGACAUCUCGACGAGCCUCAGCUGUCGUUGUCAGAGCUGCAACCGGAUCUCCUCGAUCGGACACCACGACCACCGGCGCAUAACCCAGUCAUGUCGGAUGCUGAUCUCGUCAUACCUAUCGUUGGCCAUGCUGGUGUGGGCAAGACCAAACUUCUGGAGAAAGCUCUUAGGACUUGGGAUGUGGCCACCCGAGAUGUCGACUUCAACGGUGUAACAGUCACAUCGCACUUUGUCAGCAUACAGCCGAGCGGGAAGAUUAAGCAUCCCUGGAAGGUGAACCUUCUGGAGAUGGACAUCGCAACCCUUCGCAAGGAUAGCAUCGAUGUAUGGCCUGCCGGGUUAAGAAGUGUUUCAGCUGCCAUCUUCUGCUAUGAUGCCACGCGACGGAAUACCCUAGAUGGCUUAGAAGAGCUCGUUGAGCGACUCUCAUCUCAGGGCUUACCCAUCGUAAUUUUUGCCUGCAAGUCGGAUCCUGGCGUCGAGCUCGAGAUCACUGCGGCGGAAGGCAACAUCCUCGGCGAGCCGUACAAUGUUGGUCUCAUUGAAGUAUCCGCUUUAUCAUCAGAAGGCAAGAGUAAGAUGAGGAACGGACUCCGUUGGCUCUUGUACAAGCUGGAGCAGAGGAGUCGUAAGUUACCUCGUGUUUUGGCAGUUCUCUUCGCUGAUCACUUAGGUCGACAUCAGAGAAAAAUUGCCGUUUCGCUUCAGCCCAUCCAGACACCCACUGGGCUAAUUCUCCCUACUGGUCUCGAUGCCCUCACCUCACCCGAUAGCGACACUUCCUCUGGAGCUGAUCGGAUCAUGUGGCGACACGGUCUGACUCUCACUCCGGCUGACGGGCAGGAAGCGGGAUCAGACACUCGUUCAAGCUCCAGCAGUCUGCAGUGGAUGAUGGGGGGUCCCCUGGCAGCAUCGGCAGGCGGAGCAGACGAGACGGCGGGUAAUAUGGCCACGGGGGGAAGAAAUCUGAGUAGCAUGACCGCGCUCAGCUCGCUAUCCAUGCAAGCCGAGUCGAGUCAGGCUGUCGAGCCACCACCUCACGUUAGCCUCGAAGACCUUUUGGGCCAACUCUUCGCCGCGAUCGUAUCGACCGAAGACGAGGCUUUUGUCGACGCCUUUUUCUUGACAUAUCGUCGCUUUUGCUUCCCCCAAGUUCUCAUGCGUGAGUUCUUGGAUCGUUAUGUGGAGGUAGAGCGGCAUGCAGUGUCACGAGACGUCAAGCUCUGGGCGCUUAUGAAGAUCACGGGUGCUCUCAUCAAGUGGACGAACACCUAUCCGGGGGAUGUCAAAAACGAGGAGACGCAUACAAUCUUCCUCCAAGUGAUUCGGCUCAACCUCAAAAAUACCUUCAUGUCACAUUUGACAGAAGACUUGAUCCGGAUUGAACAAAGCUUGUCUGACGUUGAAGAUGUUGACACGUCUUGGGCGCUCAAGACCACGGAAGGAAGUAGCGUGGCCUCGAUUACAUCGCCCACCGAGCUUGUCAUCGAUAACGAGCUCUUGUACGAGCUUGAUUCCUCUCUCGGUAGAUCUUCCGUCGGCACCGCUGCCACUCCCAAAGAGUCCACUCCCUCUCUCGCAUCUUCCAUGGGUGUCGACAAUCCCGAAUCCUCCGCCAUGGCGCGACAGCGCAGCACCUCGAAUCCCCCUCGACCUCCUCUGCCUCACCCUGACGACCUCGACGCUCACAGAUGGUCAUCAGCCGUCUCCACUCUCCUCUCCUCCGACCCACGUACUUUCGCUGCCGAGCUCACAAAGCUGCAAUGGGAGUUAUUCGCCUCCAUCCGUCCUCGUGACGUCCUUCGCUACGAUCUCGGUAAAGAACAGACGGGUCCCGUGGCCCGAGCCAUUCACUUCUUCAACCAUCUCUCCCGCCUGGUAUCCACACUAGUCCUCGCGAAUCCGAAAGCUAAACAUCGCGCUAGGGUUUACGAACAGUUUGUGAUGAUCGCCCGCCAGCUACGUCGAAACAACAAUUACGACAGUUUGCAUGCGGUCCUCACAGGGCUACAGGAAACCAGUGUGCAUCGCUUAGGACAGACGCGUGCAACGGUCCACCUGGGUUCUAGUGUGGAGAGGGAUUUUCAGAGUCAUCUGAAGUUGAUGGAUCCUCGUGCGGGAUUCGUCCUGUACAGGAGGGCGUUACAGGCGGAUAUUUCCCAUGGUCGGCCGGCGAUUCCCCUGAUGGCCACGAUCAUCUCGCUCAUCAGCCGCUUACAUAGCGUGCGACGAGAAGACGUGCGUGAAGACGGGGCUAUCCAGUGGGACAAGUUUGCGCGCUUCGGCCAGAUCCUCUCGGUCAUCACGGAGUGCCAACAAAAGGGACCCAUGAUGAAUGAUCCUCCGUCGCCAGCUUUCCGGAGCUUGAUCCAUGAUACGCCUGUGAUCAUGAAUGAGGAUGCGUUGUUUGAGAGAAGCAAACAACUCGAACCGUCAGGCAGUUCCGGCAGUUCAAACGUCUUCCGUCGUCUGGCCAAUCUGGGGUUAUGA